AGGCACCGUACAUAUCUACGUCACAGGAAUCCAUACCCGGAACUAUUGGAGGCAGUCUUAGUCUCACUUGUCUAUCAGACGGAAGUCCACCUUCCGCUGUCACGUGGUACAAGAUCAACGACCCCGGAUGUAAAGUUAAUGGUACUUCAGGGAACAUACUUACGAUAUCAAAUCUUGAGCCAUCCGAUAUCGGCCAAUAUAUGUGUGUGGCUUCAAACAGCCAUGGCAAUGCAUCGAAGAGUGUUGACGUCACUACAACAGAUUCACUGCAAGUGCUGGAAUGCAGUUUUGAGAGUCAGACUAUUUGCCAUUGGACCCAGUCACGUGACAACAAGAUUAACAUGACGAUAAACUAUGGAUCAGCCGGAACCUCCGCAACAGGUCCGAGUGUUGACCACACGCUCGUAACAGCCACAGGUAAGUAUCUGUAUUUAGGAUCGUCCCCGACCUUAGUUGAUCAGACUUCACGGAUCGAGUCGAUGACGGUACCAGCCAACCAGGACCAGUGCUUCACAGCUUGGUACAAGCUGGACGACAGAAAUUCAGGCAGCCUUCAAAUCUACAAAAAG